CUUUCUACACAGGCACUAGUAAUGAUACACACCAUAAUUCACAAGCGAGAAAGGACACUCACAGACAACGAAAACAACGAAAGAAAAACAAAACACCAAAAAACCACCACCAAACAUUUAAGCAAACGAAACAACCAACCGAAAGGGAGCGCAAGCAAGCUAAUCAACCACAGAGAACAGGAGAAACAAGCAAGCAAAGAUCAAAAGACGACGUCGUGCAUAGAGAACAGCUAAGCGCCUGCCGGGAAAAGCCUCCAGCCACGACUAACGAUCAGUCUCUCCCGGGACGUCGGACGAGCAACAUCUUCUGUGCUGAACGUAUGGUUUUGUGACACGACAGCAUGAGGUUCCUGCCAGCACUCCUUCUGGUGGUUCUUGUGACACCCAGUCAGCAAAUGAAGGUAACCCUAAGACAAGGAGAGAUCUUGGGUACGGAAGAAAAAGACGAAGAAGGCAAUAUCUAUCAUGCAUUCAGGAACAUACCCUACGCCCAGCCUCCCACGGGCGAGCUCAGGUUCAAAGACCCAGUGCCAGCCAAGGGAUGGGAUGGGGUCAGGGACGGCAGCCUGACCCCGCCCCUUUGCCCCCAAAUUGACCUCCCUCUUUACCAUGCCGGAAAGAAGGUCAUUCGAGGUCAGGAAGACUGUCUCUACCUUAAUGUGUUUACCCCAGAGGGUCCGCAUGGAAAGCUUCCAGUCAUGGUGUGGAUACAUGAGGGAGCCUUCAUGGUGGGCGGGGUUUCUCAGCUUUCGCCCCGCCCACUCGUGUCCAGGGGCGUGGUUCUGGUUACUCUGCACUACCGGCUGGGCACUUUAGGAUACAUAUCAACGGAGGACUCGGUGCUUCCUGGAAACCUAGGACUCAAGGAUCAGACCCUGGCCCUCCGUUGGGUCAAGGACAACAUCCAUGACCUCGGCGGCGACCCAGAAAAGGUCACGCUCUUCGGAGUAAGUACCGGGGCGUCGUCAGCACACUUCCAGGUCCUCACGCCCUAUGCCAAAGGUCUUUUCCACCGGGCUAUCCUGCAAUCGGGAACAGGUCUCUGCUCCUGGAGUUCCCGCGCCGACCACAGGGAAGUCGCGGCGAAAGUAGGCCAGCUGUUGAACUGUUCAGAAGCAGGGUCGACAGCCGAGGAUCUGAACAGCAGGGCCCUCCUCGCCUGCCUUCAGAAAGCGCCACUGGAGGAGCUGGUCGUCCUUCCUCAGGCCUUUACGAUUUGGUCAAAUGAGCCCAUAGUGAUGCUGCCUCGUGUGGACGGUGACUUCAUACCCGAUUUCCCGGCGGCUUUGAUCAAGAACAAUCGCUAUAACAAGGUUGAUCUUAUUACAGGCAUCACAGCACACGAAGGAGCCUUUGUUGUGAAGUUUAUUUACGCGAGAAAGGACCUGAAAGAUGCCCUAGUGACCAACUUCACAACAGUGGGUCCUCUCGUCAUGAAUUUCAGGGACCAGGACGAGGAACCACUGUAUGUCGCUCGCAGGGUAUUUUAUCAUUACCUGGGAGACAUUGGGAUUACUGAGGAAAACGCCGAUGCUGUAACCGAGCUGUUCAGUGAUCGCCUGUUUAAGACAUGCAUCGAAGACACGUUAAAAGCUCACCUCGAUACUACACAUUCGUCUUCAAAAGCUUAUUUCUACACGUUAACACAUCGUGGCCAGAAGGGGUUCUUGGACGUGUUAAAACUCCCGGUUGGAAAACAUUGGGUGAGUCACACGGAUGAUAAACAGUAUCUCUGGGACGAUUCUCUGCAGCAUCCAGCCGACCAGAUGGUACAGAAUCUGAUGACAAGGAUGUGGGCGGCUUUUGCUGACACAGGGAACCCGACGCCCGACUCGUCCUUGGGCUUCAAGUGGCAGCCUGCGUCGAGGACUUCCCUGGCCUUCCUCGACCUCCAUCCUGCAGCAGACAUGGCGCCGGACAGAAGAGAGCAGGUGCGAGCGUUCUGGGCAAGCCUUCCGACAAGACAAAAUAAGAUCCUGCAUCCUGAGAGGUUCCUGUCAGCAAGCCGUCCUAGUUGCUGAGGUCUCGAGACUGCCGCUAGAAACCAUCGGCCGUUUGGAUACCAUGCGUCUUUCAUUUGAAAUCCUCUUGUGUCUUGAAAUCAUCUGUCAUUUGAAAACCAUUUGUCUCAUUGUACCUGUUGAAUCUGUUGCUUAAUUUUUUUUUGUGUGUGUGUGUUUUAAAACCAUCCUUUGUCACCGA